AUGGUCAAUUCGGCGCCAGACCUUCAGAUAUUGGGUGAUGAAGUCACACUACAACCAAGUGGCUUUGUUGAGCUGCCCAAGAAAAUCCCCGAAGGCAAGGAGGAAGCUUUGAUGGACAAGUUUGCCUCAUUCCGUUCCGAGCCUCUUCAGUUUCUCCGAGGAGUGUCUCUCUACGUGUCUGGUCAAGGAUGGCGCGCCUAUGAUAAUGUUAUCGGUCAGCCGGUCUUCUACUCCGGAUUCUCAGAAAACAUGAAGAGCAUGGUUUUAUCAGCUCCUCUUCUUCAGCAAAGAAUAAGUCAGCUGGCCGAGCAUCGUGUUGCCAUUGAAGAACGCGAGGGUCUGCUGCCGAAAGACAGUAAAGACUAUGGCGCUAAACGUUCUCAGCGACUUAAUGAGAUUGAGUCGGGACUUCAACAACUGGCCGACAAAUGGACUGAAGAUAUGAUUUGUAAGAUGGAAAGCAAAUCCUUCAUCCGGGGUGCUUACUACUUGGCUACGCAACUUUUGACCCGCGCCUAUCAGAAUGGUAUUUUUGUUUCGAGCGAUGAGGUUCUAAGACUGCGAAAGGUUGCCGAGGUGGCCGCGCAAAAGAAGCAAAGCAUCAUCUUCUUGCCAAGCCAUCGAUCGCAUGUUGAUUACGUCUCUCUUCAGCUCAUUUGCUACCGCCUGGGCCUCACGUUACCGGUCGUGGUCGCGGGAGAUAAUCUGAACAUUCCUGUCCUGGGCGAAUUUUUACAACACGCUGGAGCCAUGUGGAUCCGAAGAGCAUUCGGCGACGAUGUCUUGUACACUACAUUGGUCCAGUCAUACAUCGAUACGCUUCUCCAGGAAGGCUAUAAUUUCGAAUGUUUUAUCGAAGGGGGUCGCUCACGGACAGGGAAGCUGUUACCCCCAAAGUUCGGCAUCCUCAGCUUCGUUCUUGAUAGCAUUCUAUCAGGCCGAGUCCAAGACGCCAUUAUUUGCCCUGUCAGUACCCAGUACGACAAGGUUAUAGAGACAGAGGGUUAUGUCACAGAACUGCUUGGCAUGCCCAAGAAAAAGGAAAAUCUGGCUGACUUCUUGAGCGGGGGAUCGUCCGUCCUAUCCUUACGCCUAGGCCGCGUCGAUGUUAGGUUCCAUGAGCCGUGGAGUUUACGAGGAUUUCUAGACAACCAAUUGUCAAAGCUUCCAAGCAUUCCUCGUGGGCUUGACACCGAUCAUUCGCGCCCUGAAGUCCGUGCAGUCCGCGAGAAGCUUUUGCGGACGAUGGGGUAUCAAGUGCUGAGCGACAUUAACGACGUAUCUGUCGUGAUGCCAACCGCUUUGAUCGGCACUGUUCUUCUAACCCUGCGUGGUCGCGGAGUCGGAAAAGAAGAAUUGAAACGUCGAGUUGCGUGGCUUACAGAACGUGUACGUGCAAAAGGUGGGCGCGUGGCACAUUUUGGAAACGCAUCUCUUACCGAAAUUAUUGAGCGUGGUCUCGAAGUACUUGGUAAAGACCUUAUUGGCAUGGUUGAUGGUCUUGCCGAGCCAACGUAUUAUGCUGUUGACCGUUUUCAAUUAUCCUUCUACCGCAACAUGACGAUCCAUCUUUUUAUUUAUGAAGCGCUUGUCAGUGCAGCGAUGUACUCGCGGGUGAAGAGGGGAGGUGGCCCACAGAUGCAAGACAUGCCAUUUGAUGAGUUGAGGGAGCAAGUGUUCUUUCUCUCGUCCUUGUUCCGGGGCGAGUUUAUCUUCUCCAGCGAGGGUCUUGAUACAAACUUGGACAGGACUUUGCGAGGUCUUGAAGCAGACAAUGUUAUCAGAGUUGACCGUGAUGGUGAAGGCAAUAUUACUAUGAUUGGUCUUGCAGAGCAGGAAAGGAAAGCUGGUCGUGAAAAUUACGAUUUCUACUGUUUCUUGAUCUGGCCUUUUGUCGAAGCAACUUGGUUGGCAGCUGUCUCUCUCAUGGGACUCACCCCUCCCUUGGGGCAGAAUGAAGAUACGUGGAUCGAGCAAAGCAAAACGCACAACAGCGCACAAUUGCUUGGCAAAACACUCUACCACCAGGGUGACCUCUCAUACUUUGAAGCUGUCAACAAAGAAACGCUGAAGAAUUCGUAUAUGCGCUUCGAGCAAGACCAACUUCUCCACGUCGUAAAAUCAAAGGAUACCAAAAUCCCCCCCCGUGUCCAGCUCGAUAUCUCCUGGCGCACACCUCGUGAUCCAAAGACGGGCUCUCUCCUUGCUGAAGGCAAACUAUGGGACUUUACCGAGAAGAUUGCCAAGUCGCGGCGCGAAGGCAAGAAUCGCCGCGAUGGUGCCACGGUCAGUGGCCGCGUGCUUCGACUUACUGACGAGUUGGGUCGCAAGCUUUGGGAGGAAACUAUUGAAGGUGAAAAAAGCGGAAAGGGCAAAGUGCCUAGUACGCUGAGUAACGAGGAGAAGGAGGCUUUCGGGAAGAGUGUACGAGAGGGAAAGAAGAAGAGAGAGGAGAGGGCUCGGGCUCAUCUCUAA